CUCCCGCUUUCACUUCCUCCGCCUGAGGAAUGAAAAGUGCGUGAAGCUGCGGACUGAGAGUCUCCCCGCAGCAGUGUGGAGCGCACUCACUGGAUGAUCACCUGCUGGAGGCGGAGUCAGCCCAACUGGGUCAUAUUGUAACCAGGACUCCACUCUGAGGACAAGAUGUCUGCCGGUGCAGGCUCCGCCCCCCGGCGCCAUCCAUGGAUCUGGUGUUUCCUGGCUCUGAUCACAGCUCCUCCAGGAGGUCAAGGGGGCGACCUGAUGGAGCCGUGUGGCGGGCGGGACUGCACCACCUGCCAGUGUUUACCUGCCAAAGGAGCCAGGGGUUUCCCAGGUCCUCUUGGUCCGCAGGGGCCUCGGGGGCCUGCAGGCUUCCCGGGCGGACAGGGACUUCCAGGGCAGAAGGGCGGUAGAGGAGCCGAGGGGCCGAUGGGAGGUCAUGGGGUAAAAGGAGAUGCUGGCCCCAUCGGUCUGCAGGGUUUUCCGGGUUUGGACGGAGUCCCGGGCCUCCCCGGCCCGGCUGGAGGGCCUGGUCAUCCAGGUCUGGACGGAUGCAACGGAACCAGAGGAAAUCAGGGGUAUCCGGGGCUUCCAGGAGAACAAGGCCCUAACGGAGAACCGGGUUUUACCGGUCCGAAGGGACUUAAAGGAGAGCCAUCGGCCAACUUCAUCCAGUACCCCGGAGCUCCUGGCGACGCCGGGCCCAGCGGACUGCUGGGUCUGCCGGGGGAAGAUGGUCUGCCGGGACCGACCGGACCCGCGGGGCCAACCGGAUCAGAUGGACCCGCUGGCUCUCCUGGUUCCCCUGGACCCAGGGGCCCGCCUGGUCAAAAAGGUCGAUUACUGCCGGGACCGAAAGGAGAGAAGGGAGACCAGGGCCCCCAGGGGCCUCCAGGGCCCUUCGAGUACAUUGACGUUCCAGAGGACUUGUACAUCAAAGGGGAGAAGGGAUCUUCAGGGAAACCAGGACAGCGUGGCGUUCAGGGACUCCAGAGUCGGGAUGCGCCGCCUGGGAUCAAAGGAGAGGUGGGGAUCGUUGGAUUUCCAGGAGCCAGAGGGGAUUCUGGUCGACCCGGCCCGUCCGGACGGAAAGGCCCCCGGGGGAUGGAAGGGAGCCAGGGCCUCCCAGGACUGAUAGGUCAAGAAGGUUUUAAGGGCUUUGCUGGUGAUCCGGGUCCCGAAGGCCCCCCUCUGAUCGAUGAUAUCACUCACAUAGGCGAGGCCGGGGACCCUGGGUUCCCCGGGAAGAGGGGCCCUCCUGGCGACAUGGGGCCAAUGGGAACGCUUGGUCCCCCAGGAUUCCCAGGAUCAUCAACACCAGGACUUAAAGGUUUUGAUGGUCCGAAGGGCCAACCUGGGUACAAAGGGGAGAGAGGAGAUCCGGGUCAGACUACGGACGAAGUGGCACACGGAGAACCUGGAAAACCAGGACAGCGGGGACAGCGAGGGCCGAAGGGACAGCAGGGCCUCCCAGGAACGGUCUGUCUUAAAGGAGACAAAGGAGGCAUGGGAGAGCCAGGUGAUGGGGGCUUUCCAGGACCGAGAGGUGAUGAUGGCUUUAGAGGUGAUCCUGGUGAAUGUCUAUGCAAAUCUACUGACCUGAAGGGCCCUCCAGGGCUUCCAGGGGCUAACGGGCUCCCAGGGUCAAUAGGGCAGCGCGGACCCCCAGGCCCCAAAGGAGAGAUGGGUUACUCUGGAGACCCAGGAGCGAAAGGGGCCCAGGGACCGAGGGGCUUCAGGGGGCCCAACGGCCAGACAGGACAAAAAGGUUUCACUGUGGCCGGCUUGAAAGGCGAGUUCAUCACAUUUACAUCUGAAAUGUUACUUCUGUUAGUUUUGUCUUAUUUCAAGUUUAUCAAGACAUUUACACUGGAAACUGGACCAAAAGCAUUUUUGCAGUGCGAUGAACGAAUGAAUCUUGUUUUCAUGUUUCAGAUUCUCAUUCUGAUUUUGUUUCCAGGUGAAAAGGGAGAAAAGGGCAAAGGGGGCCCUGAAGGGGCCCAAGGAACCUGGGGGACAGUCGGACCCCCGGGGCGCCCAGGACCACCUGGAGACCCGGGACUUAAGGGGGACAGUGUCCCUGGUUUCCCUGGAGACAAAGGCUUCCCUGGACCCCAGGGACCGAAUGGAUUCCCAGGACGGUCGGGGCCCCCUGGAGUCAGCGUGGCGGGGCCCCGUGGAGAGCGCGGGACCCCUGGGAACCCGGGACCUGAUGGAUUUCCUGGACCGCCUGGACUGAAGGGAGAUCCAGGAGACCAUGGCCUCUGGUUUUCGAAUCCCGGCCGUCAGGGGCCGAAGGGACACCGUGGACCACCAGGUAAGCCUCGUCUGAAACACCCGUAUCUUCACCUGUUAGUGCAGCUUCCUGCUCACCUGCCUCCAUCAUCAGGUGCCCCAGGUCCUCCAGGUGCUAAUGGCACCGCUGGCCUCCGAGGGCCGGAUGGGCCUAAAGGGGACCAGGGACUGUGUUACGCUCCAGGACCGCCUGGGGACCAAGGACCUCCAGGAGCUGCUGGAGAUCCUGGAGAAAAGGGAACCGACAGUUAUUGUGAUGAUGGAAGUCCAGGUUGUCCGGGGCUGCUGGGCCCCCCUGGGUCCCCCGGACCAAGAGGCAAUAUUCAGAGUGGCCCCCAGGGGCCCGAAGGCCAGCCUGGACCGCCGGGGUCCCCAGGACGUAAAGGACGCCUCGGCCCCCCGGGCAACCAGGGAGCACCAGGUCCCCAGGGGCCUUCUGGCUACCCUGGAGCGAAUGGACACAAAGGAUAUGCCGGGGCCCCUGGCCGACCAGGUCCUCCGGGGUCCACAUCAGACAAUUGUAAGGCAGGGACGCCUGGUAACAUGGGCCCUCCAGGCCCUCCGGGACCUUGUGGCCCUCAAGGACCUCGUGGCCCUCGCGGUUGUAAAGGUGAAGUUGGGGAUAAAGGUCAUUCAGCUAUUGGUCCAAAAGGCAAGAUUGGAGAACCUGGAGUUCAGGGGUCUCCAGGAACACAAGGAUGUAAGGGGCCCCAAGGCCCUGUUGGGGACACUGGCUCAAUGGGGCCCUCUGGUGGGAAAGGUCUGACUGGGCCGGAGGGCUUUGAAGGAAGGCCAGGUUUUCCAGGAAACAAGGGCAAUCCUGGAGGCUCAGGCAAGCCCGGAGAGCGGGGGCCUAAAGGACAAGAUGGAGGUCAGGGUUGUGCAGGCCCAAAGGGACCAAAAGGUCACAAAGGUUGUGCUGGUCCUCCAGGAGAACUCAUCCCCAGACCUGAAAAGGGCCCAAGAGGACCACAAGGAUGCCCCGGCGAUCCCGGAUUCUCCGGACCACGAGGAAACAAAGGUGAGGCUGGAUGCACAGGGAAUACUGGGUAUCCGGGCCCCAAUGGACCCCCAGGUUGUAGGGGACCUCAGGGACCCCGAGGGCCCCAGGGUAAGCAAGGCCCGCCCGGACCUCCAGGAACCAAAGGACAUCAAGGAUACUUCGGAUUUCCUGGGCUGAAUGGAGAACUGGGCGACUCAGGAUGUCAGGGACCCCCUGGGAGACCUGGGAGUCCAGGAUGUCGUGGACCUAGAGGUGAUAAAGGAGACGCCCUUGGUGGUCCUGGUCCACCUGGAGAUAAGGGCCAUCCUGGGAACCGAGGCCCUGAUGGCCCUUGUGGUCCUCCUGGAGAUUGUGGGCACAAAGGCCUCUGUGGGCCACAAGGACAGAGAGGAUGCAAGGGACACAAAGGAUUACGAGGAUGCCCUGGUGAACCAGGUGUGGCUGGUCCUCCAGGGCCCAGAGGUUACCAUGGGCUUCGAGGGCCUCCUGGUCGAGAUGGAGUGGACGGUCCCCCGGGGAGGGAUGGUAACCCAGGAAACAGAGGAGCUCCGGGGCCACCAGGGCUUCAUGGGUUAGACGGACUGAGUGGACAGGCAGGUGCCAUGGGGUCCAAAGGUGUAUGUCCGGACAUCAGUAAAAGUGAAAAAGGCCCUCCAGGCCCUAAAGGUCUUCCAGGUCCUUCAGGUCCACCAGGUCCCACUUGUCCACCCAAGAACGGCCCACCAGGACCGAAAGGCCCAACGGGACCCCAGGGGCCUCCAGGUGAUAGUGGACCGCCAGGUCCACCUGGAGGCGACUGUAAAAACCCAAAACCAGGGCUAUGUGGGGAUCCUGGUGAUAGGGGCCCAGAUGGAGAUCCAGGUUGUCCUGGUGAAAUGGGAGAUCCUGGUCCAAAUACACCAAACUGUGGGGACAAAGGAGACACCGGUGAUCCAGGGUGCUCAGGGCCAAAAGGACGCCAUGGAUAUCAGGGGCCACCCGGACCGCCAGGCAACCCUGGAAACCAAGGGCCCAAAGGUAUGAGAGGCGACUCGGGUUUGCUGGGCAUACCUGGAGAACAGGGUCCGAGGGGUCACCCAGGUCGCCCAGGGCCCAAAGGAAGGCCUGGGGUCAAUGGAUCAGGCGGUCCAAAAGGGCAGAAGGGCCGAAUCUUAUCGAAUGGCCCUCCCUGCUCACCAGUUAGGGGCCCUAGCGGGCCACCUGGCCCUCCUGGAGCUAGCGGAGAUCGGGGCCAGAGGGGAGAAAUUGGCCUCUUAGGGAUAAAGGGGGAUCCUGGGGCUGAUGGAGCAAUGGGACCCCAGGGGCAAGAAGGUUCCCUGGGACAGAUGGGAGAGCCAGGCCAGCCUGGAGAGAACGGAGAUCUGGGAGAAAAGGGUGAUCCGGGUCCCCCCGGUGACCCAGGUCCACCUGGGCCGACCGGAGGCAUGAAACCAGGGUUCCUGUUGGUGAAACACAGCCAAUCAAAGAAUGAACCAACAUGUCCGCCAAAUAUGCAUCCACUUUGGACUGGAUACAGCCUGCUGUACCUGGAGGGGCAGGAGAAGGCGUACUCCCAGGAUCUGGGUCAGGCCGGUUCCUGCAUUCCCGUGUUCUCCACCUUGCCGUUCUCCGUCUGCGAGACCAAAAAGUGCAAAUACGCCAAUCGAAACGACAAAUCCUAUUGGCUGUCGACGAUGAAGCCGCAACCAGACCAUCCAUUCAGAGGAGAUACCAUCAAGGAGUACAUCAGUCGCUGCGUGGUGUGUGAGGCGCCCUCUGCUGCCGUGGCCAUGCAUGACCCCAACUCCAGAGAGCCACCAAGCUGUCCCCCCAACUGGAGCCGCCUGUGGACUGGAUACUCCUUCAUCAUGUUUUCAGGUGGCGGUGAUGAGGGCGGCGGCCUCUCUCUGAUGUCGCCGGGCAGCUGCCUGUCUCAGUUCAAAGCCCAGCCCUUCGUGGAGUGCCAGGGCGCGCGGGGAACCUGCCACUUCUUCGCCAACAUCUACAGCUUCUGGCUGACCACCCAGAGCGGCACCGAGGGCGCGCUGACCGACUCCGACCAGCAGAGGGCGCACGUCGCCCAGUGCAGCGUCUGCAUCCGCAUGUGAGGCGCAGCAGGGCGGCGCUGGAGAGACUGGUGCCUUAAAGACCGAGGCGGGGCACAGGGUGAGGCUUUUAUUUUGAAGAGGAGAAACUGUGAUGAUCCCGGCUGCCGAAACGCUGAUCAGGAGCGACUGGGAGCGCAGUGGGUCCGUCACCAACAUGGCGACUGGAAAAUGGAAAGAUAUUUAGUUUUAACCUCUAAAAUGGCCGAGCUUGUGCUGACUUCCUGCAGACGGAUUUUACCAAAACAAUUUAGAGAAUAAAUACAGCAGGAUGCUGGCAGUCCUAAUUAUUAGAGUUGAAAUCAAGGAAACAGUCGAACUUAAUCAGAUUAAAGGUUAAAAAGUAACAUAAACAAAAUCAACAGCUUUAAUGAUUUCAGGUCCUCCUUUCUCUCAGUUUUCCCUCAUCAGGUGUUAAACCGGAUCAGAACCAGAUCCUUCUCUAAAGUUCACUUCAUAGCCAGAAACAGAAACUCAGGAACUUCUGGAGCUUUAAAAGUUCACAGUUCUGACAGUUCCAGCUAAAAACAGAGUUUAAAGUUUUUUAAAUGUUGCCAAAUCAUUUCCUGUUUAACACAAUUCAGCUUAAAUGUUUUUCUGGUUUUUAUCCUCAUAUUUUGUUCAUUCAGUUCAUUUUAAUUCAAAAUUCUUUAUUGAUCCCAUAGAGAAAUGAAAUGUAACUCAGAUCAUCCCAGUUUCUUCAGAGUUGGUGUUGAAGGCGAUGCUGCAGGCAGGAAGGAUCUCCAGUAGCAGUCAGGGUUCCAACGAUUCUGCAGAGGCAUCUGACUGAAGACUGCUGCUGUGUGACAUGCUAACAUGCUAAUAUGCAGGCAGCAGAGAUGAUAUUCCACAGGAACAUAUCCUGGGUGACAUCAUCAGUUGUUAGCUAGCGAUGCUAAUUCACCUCUUUUGCUUUUGCUGCUCCUCUGUAUGUCUCUGCCUGGCUGUUUGGUGAGAGAGAUGUUGGAGUAGGGGAUUCAACCCUAAAGUCAGUUGAAACUCUGGCUCGAGUUUGAACUUCUUCCAUUUUGUUUGCCAAAGAUCUCUCAUUGGCCAACACGAUGGAGGGAAGAGAUGGUCUGAACUUCCUCCUUUUCAGCUCCUCCUGGAUCUGGGGUCAAAGUUCAGGUCUUAGCUUUAGACAUGCUAACCUUCCUUUCACAAGCUAGUUGUGUCGUUGCAUGGUGUGUAUUUAUGUCCAUCAUCUGGGCGGAGCCUGACGCCCGACCCUGGCAGCCCAUUGACUGCUGCGACCUUUCUCUCCUCCUGUCAGGCACUAAGCCCCGCUUCUUCCUAGCGGCAGCAGCGACCACUCUGAUUGGUUGGCUGGGAGGCAGCAAUGGAAAACAAGUCGCUGUUUUUUGUUUUGUUGAGAACUGCGUGGAAAGCUGUGAAUAUUUUUUCAUAUCUUUGAUCCGCUUUAAUGUUUUUGAACCAAUAGAAACAACUUCCUGUUUGUUUGUGUUCAGGAUUUUCAGAGUAAAACAAAAGAAUCAAGUUCAGAACGUUAUGCAGCAGAAAAGAUCUGAGGUCCAAAACAAGAAAAAACUGGAACCAGAACUGCUUCAGAACCAGAACCGUUCUAGAACCAGAAAUGUUUUAGAAUCAGAACAACCAGAACCACUUCAGAACCAGGACCAGAACCGUUUUAGAAGUAGGAAGUGGCGCUCGUUGUGUUCCGCCUGCGUUCCUGUUGCUUUAAAUCUGGUUUUUGGGUUUUUGUCUGUUUUGGUUCCAGUUCUGGUCCUGGUUCAGUUUUCUGGUUCUGGUUCUGUUGGAUUCGUUAGUGCCCUGUAAAUAUGUUUGAUCUCAACUGUUUUAUAAGUUUUCUGUAAAUUUCAUUGGAGUAUUUAUUUAGCCUUGAAAAUAAUGCUGGUGCUAUUUCAUUUUUGUUUUUGUCUCUUAUUUUGGUAAAUGAUGACAGGAUGUAACCCCACCCUGAUCUUCCGCCAAAAUAAAGCAAUUAUCUGACAAAUAAUGGAUUUCUAACAAUUUCUCAAGUUGUGAAGCGCACUUAUAAAAUGUACAAGUUACAUUAAAGUGGAUAAAGCCCAAAGGGUCUUGGAGGACAAAUAGUGACUGAAAUUUAGAUUUAGGAAUAAAAUCUGGAGGAAUAACUAUUGUGAGACUACAGUUCCCAUGAUCCCUCUGUUUUUAUUUUGCUUUCAUUCUAAUUAAAGCUGCUGGUUAUAUUUUAUUCUCUGUAGGAGGAAACUUCCCACUAACACUCCUGAAACAUUUCUACUUCCUGCUGAUGGAAAACUCAAUAAACUGCAUCAAAAUGUCAA